CAUCGGCAGCCGGAGUCCGAAGGGAUCUCUCUGCCCCGGUGCCGAGUGAAAGCCCUGCCCGCCUCUCUCUGCCGCACCCGGUGCCGUGCCUGCCAUCGCCAGGCUCCGCUCCCGUGGGACAGCGGGAAUGCUCCGUGAAAUGGUGCUUUGUGUUUCCACGUGGGGAUGGACCCACCUUAGAUAAUUUGCCAGUAGCGAUUGGGGUUUUCUUUUCCAGGAGAAAAGCGAGGUCUGAGUCUCUUUUUUGGUGUUCAUGAACAUAGGUUUUCUUAGUGAGACCAUUUGUUAUUAAUCUCUCAAUCAGAUACUGAGACUUUAUUUAACGUAUGAAAGCUUACAGAUGUUCUCUGUGGAAGUAAAUGAUGUUUCAUACUUAUCAUUCUCUAAUUAGAGAAACUCAAUGUUCUUUAGCAAUGUGGAUGCCAUCGAGCAUGACAGGUAAAUGGUAAGGAAUAAAAAAUACUGUGAGGUUACAAGGGCUGACCAGCCGUGUCACUUCAGCUGUUGACUAGUAGCACAGUGAAGUCAGUAGUCCAAGUGUCGAUAUUGUCCAUUCACACCUGCAUUGUUGUGAGCUCCUUACAGCAGGGGUUUGACCAAGGCUCCUGUGGCUCUUUAAACUGUGUUCUAUGAGACAGCUUCAUGAAAGGGCAUUACAAUUAGCUGUCCCCUGGGCUGCACAGAGAGUAUGGGCAGUGUAUCUUUUGUUACACAAGAGCUGCAUUAAAAAAAUUAAAGCAAAACAAAAAUUAAUGCAUUUGAAUCUGUGAAAUCAAGGCCAUGAUAGUUGUUUGCUGAUCUACAGGGUUAAUUUCCCACCUAUACCAUACAUAUUUCUUGCUUUUUUGUAUUGAGGAGGAGAAUUAGAGCCUUGCUCGAUCCUGUUGAUGUGAUGUGUUUGUAAAACUGUUUUAGUAUUCUGGCUGAACACAGCCUGUCUCUCUUUAAUCAUAUGUUCAACAUUACCAAAUGUUUGCUAUUGACUUGAUAAUUUUGCAGCUUGGAUGAAGGACCAAAACCUGUGCUGCUUAUUUUUGUUAUUUCUUCUUUGUUGUUAUUUUUUUGGAAGGGGAUUAGGCAACAAAACUGACGUCAAAAGUGGGUAGAGCUAUUUUUGUAGUGGUUGUUGUAUUUAACUUGUAUUAUUCAAAAUUUAGUUUUUUUUUAAACAUAAUGUGCAACCUAUUGGACCUUUCUGUCUUGAGAAAAUGUUAAGCGUGCAUUCUCAAUAAAUAGUCAUAUGGAACCAGCAAAAAGGGAGUGAAAAAUCCAAGCUUUUAAACACUCGUUAGUCCUGUGGGAAGCUAGAGGCUUAUGUCCUCUCCCUCUCUGUGUGGGAGAAAGAGAUUUUGAAUGGAUCCUUAUCCUAUGGUUCAGCUUUUUCAGGUAACAGAGCUUUGAAGUAGACUGCAACUUGGUAAGACUUGCAUUUUUCUGAUGUCUGACCUGGAAGCCAUGAAAGGGGUUGGUAGCAGCUUUGAGGAAGUGUUGGAAGGGGUCAGGUUUGCUAAGAAGAAAAAAAUAUCAUUUUCAUGGCAGAGCUUCCAAAACUGGGAAGAGAGUGGGAAUGACUGCAAUUUAUUCAUGUUUGCCUUCUGCUACUGUUGCUAAACAACUGCAGAGCUGCACUUAAAACCACCUAUUUAAGUAGAAUACCAGCUCUGAACAUUAACAGGAAAAUAACACUGAAACAGAAUGUCGCUUACCUUUUGUCUGAAAAGGUGAAAUCUUUUCAAAUAGAAAUGGCUGAUAAGGGCGGGAAGAUGCUUCCAGGACAAUUUUACAUUCAAGUGGAGUAUGACUAUGAGUAUGAGGCCAAGGACAAGAAAAUUGUGAUCAAGCAAGGAGAGAAGUACAUCUUAGUGAAAAAGACUAAUGAUGAUUGGUGGCAAGUCAAAAGAGAUGAAAAUUCCAAACCCUUUUAUGUGCCAGCUCAAUAUGUGAAGGAAAUACCCCGGAAAGCACUGAUGCCACCUGUGAAGCAGGCAAGCAUGUUGCCAAAUAACACCUUGAAGUUGACACAUGGAUUACAGAGAUCAACAGAAAAUGUGAAUAAGUCACCAGAGCUUUCUAGUUUUGGAAAAUCUUCUCCAGUUCAAGUGUCUUGCUUAGUUCGAGAUGCCAAUCAAAAUCUGGGACCGAACAAUAGCCCCUGUCAAACUUUUGGUUUGAGUCUGGACCUUACCCAGAACAAUGGAAAACUUAACAAUGAGUUGCAAUCUCCCAAGGUUUCCAAUCAGUUUAGAACCAUUUCCAUGGGUCAUUUCCCAUGCCCGGAGUUCUUGGAAAUAGAGAAGACCAGCUUUUUGCAUGAACAAUCUUGUGAUUCAGCAGGAGAAGGCUCAGAAAAAAUUCACCAAGAUUCGGAGUCUGGAGAUGAACUCAGUAGUAGUUCCACAGAACAAGUGCAGCCAACUACUCCACCAAGCCAAGGGAGGCCUGAUUCACCAGUUUAUGCUAAUUUACAAGAACUGAAAAUAUCUCAGUCUGCACUUCCACCUCUACCUACAAGUGCUCCAGUCCAAAUAAAUGGGGAAUGGGAAACCCAUAAAGAUACGACAGGACGCUGUUAUUACUACAACAGAGGAUCACAGGAGCGAACCUGGAAACCUCCACGGUGGGCCCGAGAUGCAAGCAGUAAUAAAGGGGAUUCCCAGAGCCAUGCAGAUCAUGAGCAUCUUUCAUCAGAAGAAAACGACCACAGUUCUUGUUACAGCCAGUCAGAUAGUCAGUAUGGUUCUCCUCCAAAGGGUUGGUCAGAAGAGUUGGAUGAACAUGGUCAAACCUUAUAUACCAAUGACUAUACUAAUGAAAAGUGGAUAAAACAUGCAGAUGAACAAGGUAGACCAUACUACUACAGUGCUGAUGGUUCCAGAUCAGAGUGGGAGUUACCUAAGUAUAAUGCUUCACCACAGCAGCAGAGAGAUAUAAUAAAGAGUAGGAGUCUGGACAGGAGGCUACAGGAACCAAUAGUUUUAACAAAAUGGAGGCACAGCACAAUUGUGCUGGAUACCAACGACAAGGAAUCAUCAACUGCUUCUAAGGCCAGUUUUCCAGAAAAUGAAUCAUCUCCUUCUUCACCAAAACAUCAACCCACAGGUCAAGAAAAGUAUGGGUUAUUAAAUGUGACAAAAAUCACAGAAAAUGGGAAGAAAGUUCGAAAGAAUUGGAUGUCAUCAUGGGCAGUAUUACAAGGGUCAUCGCUGCUGUUCACUAAAACCCAAGGAAGUGGAACUGGCUGGUUUGGUGUUAAUCAGUCUAAGCCAGAAUUUACAGUGGAUCUCAAAGGGGCUUUGAUUGACUGGGCCUCAAAGGACAAAUCCAGCAAAAAGAAUGUUAUUGAGCUAAAAACCCGCCAAGGUACUGAGCUCUUAAUUCAAUCAGAUAAUGACAGCUUUAUUAAUGAAUGGUAUAAAGUUCUUAAUUACACCAUCAAUAAUCAGGUAAUAGAGUCUGAUGAAGCAUUAGAUGAUGAGGUACCAGAUUCCCCUGGAGUGGAAAAACAAGACAAAGAGAAAGAGAAAGAAAAUAAAGACUCUAAGAAACUUCGUUCAGUGAAAGCACCCAGCAAUAUAGACUCCACAGAUCAGAAAAAGACCAAAACAAAGCUCAAGAAGUUUCUUACACGGCGCCCUACAUUACAAGCUGUCCGUGAAAAAGGCUACAUUAAGGAUCAAGUUUUUGGUUCAAAUCUCACCAGCUUGUGUCAAAGAGAAAACAGCACGGUGCCAAAGUUCGUGAAGCUGUGCAUUGAGCAUGUUGAGGAACAUGGAUUAGAUAUCGAUGGAUUAUACAGAGUUAGUGGCAAUCUUGCAGUGAUACAGAAGCUGAGAUUUGCAGUCAAUCAUGAUGAGAAGCUGGACUUGAAUGACAGUAAAUGGGAAGAUAUACAUGUCAUUACAGGAGCUCUAAAAAUGUUCUUCAGAGAAUUGCCAGAGCCGCUGUUCACUUACAACCACUUCAAUGACUUCGUCAAUGCAAUUAAGCAAGAACCAAGGCAGCGUGUCCCUGCUGUUAAAGAUUUAAUCAAACAGUUGCCAAAACCAAAUCAGGACACAAUGCAGGUACUCUUUAGACACCUGAAAAGAGUUGUAGAAAAUGGAGAAAAGAACCGAAUGACCUAUCAAAGUAUAGCAAUAGUUUUUGGUCCAACCUUAUUAAAGCCAGAGAAAGAGACUGGUAACAUAGCAGUCCACACAGUGUACCAGAAUCAGAUUGUAGAGUUAAUUCUACUGGAAUUGAAUUCCAUCUUUGGACGCUGACAUUUUUCUUGGAGCAGAAACUGGAAGUGAUGGGUUGGCAGCACUACUCCAUCAGAAAGAAAACCUCUUGCUGUAUAUGAUGUUUUAUGUUUGUGGACCAAGCAGCAACUUGUUUUUUGCACUUUUGGGGAGGGGAGAAACAGGAGAAAUGUUUGACCACUAUAAUGCGAAUUAAAGACAACACUUCAGAUUUCUUUGAAAAGUUCAAUAUAAAAAGUGAAUUGAAAAGUUUAUAGUUUACCUUUUUAAAGUAUCAUUGGAAAAAAUUAAUAUAGGUUCAUACACUGGAUUUCAUGGAGAGUAAAACUAAUAAUCUCAGACUGGAUAAUCUGGAAUUUAAUCUCAAUAUUCUUUCAUAUGAUGGGGAAAAGUCUUACCAUUUUUCCCAGUAUGGAAAAAUUCAGUGAAGUUACAUCUUAAGCUUGUUUAUUACAACCUACUUAGAUCUGUAUGACACUUUUCCAAGGGGUUUCUCCAUGCUGUGACUGUCAUAGACUUGCACUAACAGUUUGAUUUAGUUAUUCAAAUUUAAUUCUUCCCUUGAUGUCUGCUGCCCUCUGUCAUUCUUUUUCUCCUGUUUUUCUGUUGUUGGUGGUUUUUUUUUGUUUUGUAUUUUUUUUGGUGGGGCUUUUUUUGUUUUCUUUUUGUUUGUUUGUUUGUUGGAUUUUUUUUUUUACUUCUUUCUUUCUUUUCUUUUUUUUUUUUUUUUUCCCCUCGGCAGCCUCUCUGGAAGUUCUUUGCUGCUUCAUAAAGCAGCAUGCUAUUACACUAUUUCAAACACUGAACUUGUAAGAAUAUCCAGCAAUGGUUAUUUGUCAUGGCGCAUAAUAGAAGUAAUAUUUAAUAAAGAUGUUCAUUUUUUCAGGGUAUGUGCUGAACUAAGUUUGUGUUAUACUGAUCUAAAGCUAAGGUCCUGCGUGAAUACCGACUGUAACACUGUACUGAGUUCUUGGUAUAAUGCUGUGGUAGUGGAAGUUCAUUCUGGAUGUAAAUACAGGCUGUCCUUUUGAUUCCUGUAUAUAAGUCAGCUCCUGUAUAGUUUAAGAACACUUUAGUCACACAUUUCUAAUCAUGGGUAGAGUAGCUACAGUAGCAUAAUGUUUCCAGUGGAUGUCUGGGUUUCAGCAGGGAAACAGGUUAUGGGGAGGGAGGGAGAUCUAACUGUGUGCACUUUUAGACGUUAAUUACAUUUGCGGGCAAAUAACUGUAAUGCAAAUGGUACUGGAGAAAAACUGAGUGUGCUUGCUAAAUUGUUAAUGCACUACAAGAAGAGCCUUUUAGGUUAUUUAAUAUGUACAGAAUUCAUUAGAAAAAAUGUAUUAUGAAUUCUAACAUCUGCAGGUAGUGAAAGUCAUGUUUUGAUAGAUAGAUGUUUGAUGGAAUCCACUAUGCUAAAUUUAAGAUUUUCUUUUUACAUUAAUGUAGAAUAAUUUGUAAAAUUGGUUUUGAAAGAUUUUGUUACAGGGCGCAUGGUCAGCUGAAGAUUUUUUAAAUGUAUUUUUCUAGACUAACUGCUGUAUCUGACAUAUUUGUUAUGUCUAACCUGAAUAAAGAAAACCAGUAGUUCUUUUAGAGUUUACCAUCCCCACUUCAGACAACACGAGCCUCCUUUAAACAAGACCAAUGUAUCUGACCCCUUAGCAUGGAUGGAUGCCACUUGUGACAAAGAGCUGUCACACUGGACUGAAAUAUGAAUGCCUACUUUAUAACCUGACAAUUUUAGAAACUUCCCAGUCCCUUUCUUUAACAACUUGAAUUCUAACAUAAGGUUCAGAGAGGGCAGAAGUAAUUUAUGGAUACAAAUUUGCAGUCUUUAAACACAUCCCAGCUUGGAGCCCUCUGUACAGGAAGCAGAUACGUUGAGGAAGGGAUUGUGUCAGGAGCCUUCGAUCUGCUGUGUCCCUCUCACACACAGCCCUGGCUGCCAGCAGAGGGGAUGUGUGGUGACACUCCGCGCUGUAACCAGACUGAUGGUACGAGAAUUUCACGAGCAUAGGGCUUGCAUGAAAAGUUUUUGGAGAUGAGCAAGAAGAUUAGUAACCUUGUGGCUUUCUCAGUGUCUUCUUGUGGUAAUGGUGAAGUCUUGUGGUUUGUUGCAAAGCGACUGGGUGAGGACUGUGAAAGCCCUGUCUCAGAGGUGUGUUGUCAGCCUCCCUCUGGGCUGUCACACUGAGCAGUGCUGAGCCUGUGCCCUAACCUACUAGAAAAUAUUGACUGAUUGGAAUCUGUGGCUGUACAUUAUUCAUACCCUGCCUUUGGCUGUAAAGAAAGAAUUGCUGCUGCUACAUGAGAGGGCUUGUUCACCGGCCACCUUUUGUUGCGAGUGUUACCUUUUUCAAAGGAAGAAUGCCUUUUUAAAGCAAUUUGAUUAUGAUGUCACACUUUUCCUUGUAUUCCCCAAAAAUAAAGCAUUUUGUUAUUACAA